AAGGCAACCUAUCGAGGACGAGUUUGCGAGAGUUACAACUUAAAUUUUCGUUGAGGGUGUCUCUCGGUUCAUGUGCAACUUGGUUUAAACAGCUGAUAUGUUAUAAGUGGCAGUUAUCUUCCACGUGUGGUUAACUUGUAUAUUAACGCCAAUAGACUUAGAGUAGAUUCUAGUGAGAGAGUGAGUGAGACCUCUUUACUUCUUUUUUUCUCAAAAGUGUAAGCAGGCAACAUCUGCCAGUUGGGUCAACCUUGGCGAGCUCAUUAGCUUUAAUAAUAAACACACCAUGGUAAACACAAUAUGAGCAUAACAUUUUUCGGUGACAGAAUAUGAGUAAAGAUUCAAGAAUGAGGGCAACAAUAAACCAGAAGCUGACUGAGAUGGGAGAACGAGAGAGGCUGAAGGAGCUGCUGAGAGCUAAGCUCACUGAGUGUGGAUGGAAGGAUCAGAUGAAGGCUCACUGCAAAGAAGUCAUCAAAGAAAAAGGCUUGGAGCAUGUGACUGUGGAGGACCUUGUGGUGGAGAUCACUCCUAAAGGAAGAGCUCUGGUGCCAGACAGCGUGAAGAAGGAGCUUCUUCAGAGGAUAAGAGCCUUCUUGGCUCAGCAUGCCACAUGAACAAGAGAGCAGGCUCAUUUGUUUUUUCUCUCGUUUGUGAUGACGUUUUAGACCACUUGCCUAUACUAUCAUCAUAUAGCCUAUUUUUUAUGAAUCAUUUUAUUUGAACUUUAGGUCAAAACUGUUUUGUUUUUUGUAAUGAUUUGCAAAUUGGAGUGACAAAUUGUUUAACACAGGCUUUGCCAUCCACUUUUGUUGUUGCUUAUCCAGUGACGAAAGGUGUCAAGAAUUUUGCAAAUGCAUUGUCUACUUUGCACAUAGAGAUGUCCUUUGUAUAUGAAAUACGCUGUAUAAAUAAAGUUUUUUGAUUGAUUGAA